GGCUGUCGCCGUUCGGCGGGCGGGGCUGCCCGGAGCCAAGAUGGAGGCGGCGGGCAGAGCGGGGCAGGAGAUGAGCCUGGCGGCCUUGCGGCGGCACGACCCCUUUAUCACCGGCAUCGCCGACGUGACCGGCCAGGUCGCGCUCUACAGCUUCAGCCCCAAGGACAACGAGUGGGAGAAAACCGACAUAGAAGGGACCUUAUUUGUGUAUAGAAGGUCAGCUUCUCCUUACCAUGGUUUUACAAUAGUGAAUCGACUGAAUAUGCACAACCUGGUUGAACCAGURAAUAAAGAUUUGGAGUUUCAGCUCCAUGAACCUUUUCUUCUCUACAGAAAUGCUAGCUUGUCAAUUUACAGUAUUUGGUUUUAUGACAAGAAUGAUUGUCAUCGAAUAGCAAAACUCAUGGCUAAAGUGGUUGAACAAGAAGCUCAGAGGUCUCAGCAAGUUUCCCAGGACAGAAAGAGUCCCAGCAGGACCAAUGGCUGCAAUGAAAACAGGCCCAUUGACAUCCUGGAAAUGCUUAGUAAAGCAAAGGAUGAAUAUGAACGAAAUCAGAUUAGUGACCUAAGUAUUAUAUCAAGUUCUGGAAUGCAACAAAAUUCAAAUCCUCCAAAGCCAGAAAGCACAGAGCCUUCAGAACAAAAGCCUUCAUUACAAGUGCAAGAGCAGCCAUUUCAGUCAAGGCAGAAGCAUCUGACUUUGGAGGAACUGUUUGGCACCUCUGUACAAAAGGAACAGCCUGCAGCUCCAUAUCCCAAUCCCGAGAGAAUGGAGAAGCUGCAGACAGACACAUCUGCCAGAGAGCAGCACAGUUUGCUUUUGCCUUUUUCCUUUGACCAGUCACCAGUAAUGCAACAAUCCCUGGGGAAAUCUGAAAGUCCGAGCGUUAAAACCAGUGCCAAUCAGCAGGACUGUUUAACACCUAUAAUAAUACCUCCAGCUUCAGUUUCCCAGCCUGAUAUGAAAAAUGUUUCAAGCUAUUCAGUUCGUUUAAGCCCUGUUCUUAAUUCAGCCUCUACAAUGGAAGCUGCCCCUGCUCAGAUGCUUCCUGGCCUCAAACAAAGCAACAGUAUAAUGCAAGUUAUGCAGCAAGCUGCCAAGCCCAUAUCCCCACUGGUGAAUCAGCCGCCAUCUGAAGUGAACCACGCUCCACAGAAUCUAAUGGCUGGCCAAAGCCAGCUCAUAGCACCCUUGACARCAGCAAACACGGGGACUGUCUCAAAUACAUCUCAUACAAGUGUUGAUCUUCUCCAGAAACUCAGGUUGACCCCACAGCAUGACCAAACACAACAGCAGUCUCUCCCUAAGACUCCCUUAACACCAAACAUCUCUGCUUCAGUUGGCCAACUUGCAACACCAGAGAGCUUCAAAGAAUCWCACAGUAAGCCGUCAGCUGUGAACAGCAAGAUUAUCUCUCCCCUCCAGACUGUACAACAAAACAAGGAAUCGGAAGUAUUUCCACAGCCGAAAACUUUGUCUAAAGGAAGUCAAGUUGCACCUCCACAGUUUGUUACAGCCACAACGACAGUAACGCCUUCAGUGCUCUUGUCUCCAAGUGUGUUUCAGCAAUCAACUACAAAAGCUACUGAAGUAGAGAAUAAAGUCAGUUCUUCUUCGCCUUUAACACUUGGAACAACAGAAAUUCAGACUACACCUCCUACUGUUCUCAGUAGGUCUCAGCUUCAAGAAGCACUGAUACAUCUAAUAAAGAACGAUUCCCGUUUUCUCAGCACUAUCCAUGAAGUCUACUUGCAAGUCCUAACCAAGAGUACAGACAAUAUUAAGCUAUAAUUGAAGCUGAAUCUACUUUAGAAACAUAAUGCCUCAUCUAUAAAACUAAUAUUUUUGUAAAGAAUAUUUAGUUUUCAAUGUCUUGAAUUUGAACCUGUUAGGAAAGAUUAUUCCUUAAAUACUUAUGAAAGUAAUGUUCUCAGAAGUGAUCACUGAUCAAUGUUUUCACUGUGAUCAUCACCAGCAAACCUUUUUUUUAUUGUGGAGGAUACUUAAGUUGCAUUUGAGCUCUCAUUAGCAUUAAUGAAUGUGCAAAUGUUUGCUCUGGCUCUCAUUCCUAGCUGUAUUCAUUGUUCAAGGAUUACAGACUCAAAACUAUUUCAACCAGCAAAUGCACAGUAUAGUACACUACAGCACACCAGAACAAAAUUCAGUUGUGGAAACCUAGUGCCAGUUUGAAGGACUAAGGAAAAUGAGAGCAAAAUGCCUUGUGAUUAAGCUGGCAGGUAUGAGGAAGGAAAGGGUCUGGRAGCCAGGCCAUUGGAGCUAUAUCUUUGACAAAAGGUCUAAAAAUGUGAUUUGCUCUAUGUAUUGACAGUCUCUAGCUAAUGCAUGUAAAUUCAUUCUUUCAGUAUUUCAUUAAUUUUAUUUGUUUCUGCCUUACUGACCUAAAACACUUAUCCAAGUGAGUAAGGCCAUUUUCUCUAAAAAGGCAAAUUUGAAAUAUGCAAAAUCCUCUCAGUAUUGUAUUUUUUUUAAGCAACAAAGUUAUUGCAUGUUGAAGUUCUCAUUUUAAAUUUAUAGUUAGGAGACCACCACUGAAAGACCAUUAUCCUGUUCAGCAGUGUUUGAUAAAAUUUAAAUAUUUUGUUCCCUUUUAGCUUAAGGACCACAUCAURGUUGGCUUUCAUUCCCCCGUUGUUUUGGAAUUGCAGUGUUGAAAACUAUGCAGAUGGGAAACAAAUGCAUGCUUUUCUUCUGUUGCCCUCUCCCCAAAUUAGUGCACACUUCAUAAUCUGAAUUUUAUCUAACAAAAAUGUUACUGCUUUCUAUAUGUGAUUUAUAACGUCACUAUUCACUAAGAAUUUACCUGGAUACUUUCCCAUUUGAAAUCUGAAGAUUUUUAAUUAUACUUAUGCUGCUGUGUUGGUUUACCCAAGGAUUGUAUUUAUUUCUUAAAGGCAUGCAAAGGUAAUAGCUUAAUCUGACUUCAGGUCCCAACCAUCUCCAGCAAUAGUAGUUUUCAAGGAUGCUUUUUCAGUAGAAAAGUGUUGGGUUAUUGAGUAAAGAGAUAAUCUGUAGCGAGUUACGAUGCACUGCUUCAUUCUUUUUCCUCAAGCACUAUUGAAAUAUGAAGAAAAAUACUGUUUGGUUCCUUACAACAUAUAUGUAUGUAUAGAUAUCCUAAGGAUUAGUUAAUGUUGACRUAGUCAAGGUGCAUGGCCAUUUCAUUGGAAACUAGUAAUUGAGCUUUAAUUGUGACUUGUUCACAAAUCAGGAUGUUUUAGAUACAACAAAUAUUUACAUUUUUAUGUAUUUGAUCUAUUUUAGGUUUUUCCUAGCUUUUYAGUGGAAGAUAUAUUUUGUUUAGCACUACCUGCCUUCUGAAAAGCUCUUCUGAGCGUUUUGAGUUCAGUGUUUCCAGUUAAAACAUGUACUCUGUU